UCCGUCUGGACCCCAUUCACCGUCUCCAUCACACCCUUUCGUGAAUGGGAUCCCGAAGCCAUUGCAGGGGCCUUGAUUCAAGUCAUGUAUGUACAUAAAAUCUCGGGAUGCCUCUCCUUCCUUUUUGUUUUUGCUCCCUCCGUAAAAAAAUCUCCUUUUUCUUAUUUUAUCCACCCAAAGGGGAACAUUACAGUGUAGCAUUACCGAUUCCGUCUCCUUGUCAGCCCAAGAAGAUAAUGUCAUUCCCUGUGCCUCCAGUUCGCGCCAAAGGCGCCCUCGACUCUGCCGAUCCGCUACCCGUGAUCGUCGAAGAAGUUACAGCUGCCUGGUUCGCCAAGAUCCUCGGACGCCCUGUCAAGACGGCGAACCUUGUCGAGCCAAUUCACGGAACGGCCAGCAAGCUCCUUUACGAGCUCACAUACGAGGACAGCAACGAUGCCGCGUCGCUGCCGACUCACGUCUGCGUCAAGGGUGGCUUCAACCCCGUCCUCGUUAAGCUCCACCCGGCCCUGAAUGCUGUCUACCGUCGCGAGGCAGAGUUCUUCUACCACAUCGCCCCCACCGUGUCGAUGCGGCUCCCGCCCGUCUGGUACUGCGGAAGUGACACCGUCACGGGCCAGGGCAUUGUGGUGUUCGACGAUCUCAAGGCCAAGGGCUACCAGUUCGGCAACCCGCUCGAGGCCUGGCCCGUCGAGCGCGUGCGCGCUGGCGUCGAGGAGCUCGCCACACUCCACGCCAAGACUUGGGGAGCGAAGCAGGAGGAUUUCCCCUGGCUCAAGGAGGGCCUCUCCCUCCGCGAGGUCAUCCUGUCGUUGAUGGUCGAGUCCGAGUGGGAGAAGCGCUUUUUUGACGAGACGGCCAAGCCGCCCGUCCCCGAUCACAUGAAGGACCGCGAGAGGAUGAUCCGCGCCUUCAAGACGCUGUGGGCGACGACGAACCAGGACCAUCUGUGUGUUACGCACGGCGACGCCCACAUCGGCAAUACCUUCAUCACGCCAACGGGCGAGCCGGGCUUCCUCGACUGGCAGGGCCUGCACUUUAACUCGUUCCUCCACGAUGUGACGUACUUCAUCGUCGGCACUCUGACCAUCGAGGACAGGAGGGCAAACGAGGUCGAACUCUUUGAGCGUUAUCUUGCUGCUCUGCACAAGGCUGGUGGGCCCAAGUUGGAGAAGGAGGCUGUCUGGGAUGAUUAUCGGAAGCACCAUCUUCAUGGCUUUGCUUGGUCCUUGACGCCACCUAUGAUGCAACCCAAGGACAAGGUCGAUAUCAUGACGGCGAGGCACUGUGCGGCGAUUCUUGACCACAAGAGCCUGGAGCUGUUGGAGAGUCUCCCCGGCUAUGUCACAGAGGUUUAGGGGCAGGGAGACCGAGAAUAGGUAAUUACCGUCAAUGCGACAUGGUCACCUCAGUUGUCCUGUCACGCCACACUCAAUGGCAGCGCACAAAGGAAUGUGAUAUGCUUGAAAUAUUCCUGAAAAAGCGACUGCCGGCAAGUCGCCACCUGGACCUGGCUGAGCCUCAUAUCCCUUUUUGGUCCCUGUGAUGGAGGAUCGAACUGGUCGUCCACUCACACUUCAAAAAAAAAAAAUGGAAAACGA